AGCUGAUAAGAGAAAAUCAUGCAAAUGCUUUCUACAGACCAAGUAUCCAAAACGCACCCGUGACUCGACUGUGCCAGAGAGCUACUUUUGAAGAGGCUUGAACGAUUGCUAUCUUUCUAACAAACCACGUCACUCUAUCAGCAUUUCUUCAGUUGCACACUUAAAAAUCGUAUUUGGAGCACUUGACAGUAAUACAACUCGAAAUACGUAAGUUUCAAACGAGACAACAGCUUUCGAUUCAUGACCAAUAUGAGCACAAAGAAAUGGCACAAAGAGCCACAGUCUACACACGGAAGUCUCAAUAAGAUUCGGAUGUUUUGACUACAAGGUUGACCAAGCAACCUUAAACUAAAUAUUGCAUUUAAUUUAAGACAUUUUAACGUUUCUAGUCCUUUCGUGUUUUGAAACAGCACAUUGUUUAAUUAAAAUUGUACACUUGUAAUACGUGAUAUAAUAAGUAAAAAUUAUUCAAUCAAGCGAGACAAGAGCAUAAUUACGUGCUUCUCCUCAGUUUUUUACUUCUUACGAGGAAAUUAAUGUUGGCUUUCUUCUAUCUGUUCUUAGUUUUACUAACACUUGUCCUUUAAUCUUUACAGCCUUCUAAUUCAUUGUUUUUGGGUUAGUUUCUGUGUAUUUUAACAUAAAUAGUCUGUUAAAAAUGUAAACAAAGGAAAUAGAAUUUUAUGGUUAUAUCAAAUUUCACCCGGUUAUGUCACCAUGAGAAAAGUUUUUGUUCAUUAUGCUGUUGUUUCCCCAGUAAAAUGCUCCACCUUCCGCCAAAAUGCUCAAUCUCCUCCACAAAAAGUCACUUUAAUGCUCGUCAUACAACAUGGUAUAACAACAACGUGUACAAGUUAAUGGCUUUAAUACAGCAAAAGAUAGUCCUCUAGACGGCUGUAUUAGGAUGGCAUUUGAUAUAUUUUUUUUAAUUUCGGCUUUUGGUGUUCAUUUCUCUUAAAAUAUGUUUUCAUUUUCAUUUUUCCCUAAAAACAAAAAUUCUCGGGAGAACUCCGCUAAAAUGCUCGAUUAAUGCUUGAUGCUUUUGCCUCAUUAAAAUGCUCGAAAAAGUGCUAGCAUAAUGUAAAUUGCUUUUUUCAAAUUCAUAAAUAACAUGGUAGGUUAUUACAACCACCUUGAAAACAUAACAAACAGCACCAAAUGUUUAGAAAUCACAGACAGGAGUUAAUAACUGACUCAUAUUUGCAUAGCAAUACAAUGAACACACGUCUAAAGACUUGCAUUGAUUUGUUUCAAAUUUUACCUUUUCCUUUUAGGUAAAGGUUAUUAGAAAUGUCCAAGAGCAAGCAACACAAGACCUUGUAAUUGGUGGUUUUAAAGUAAAAGAUAAGCAAAAUAUUAUGGCUCAGCCUUGCUGUGGGGUAAAGUAUUAUAUCAAGUAAUAUUUGUAAUAAACAUAAUAUUAAGUCGUCUGUUGCCUGUGAGUUGGGGGAGGGGAAGGGGGGGGGAGCAGCUUAGAAGCUUACUUUUAAAACAAGGCUAAGUUUAGCUUAGAAAGCUUAGCAGAUAUUUUCAAACCACCCCGUCCAAUUCAUCCUAACUUUUUAGAAAUGAGCCCCCAUAAAUUUUACAUAUCAAGUGGCCCCCACCCAACAGCUGUGGAAACUACAAACGCACCUAUUCUAGCAUGCACCACAUACUCUAUAUACAGUCAACUGGUGUCAAAAUGGUCAGCCCUCCCUCUCAGGUAAUAAACAACGAAGAGUAUGUCCAUGAUUAACUUUACCACUAACAUCAAGAAAAUACUGAAAACCUGGGCUGCCAAUCAGUUACAUGUUAUCUGGCUAUCUUUUGGAGUAAGGGAAGCUGUUUUUUGAGACCAUUGACCAAAAGGCUAUUUUCGGGGUGCCCCAACCCUUUGUUUCAAAGCGAGACUAAGAGUAAAGCCAUUUAACAUUAAAAUGAUUUUUUACCCUCAUGUAUAUGAAACUGAUUUUUGCACUUAGCCUUGUUUUAAAAGUAAUUUUUGGAACUUGGAAAUGGCUUAUUGCUAUAGGUUUCCUUUUUCUUUGUUUUUUUUCUGUGUUAGAGGUCCAAAGUAACAAAUUGUGAGAGACUCGCUUAACCCUUUAAGCCCCAAUAUCAACAUACAAAUUCUCCAAACUGAUCUCCAUAGAUUUCCUUUAAGAAUUAGCUGAGAGAAUUUAAUGUAAGAUCAAGGCAUUUUCUCUUUGGUAAUCUUUGUUAACCUCAUCUCUUGACAAUGUAUGGAUAUUGUUAGGAGAAAAUUGACGUUGGUCACUAUUGGGACUUAAAGGGUUAAAUGCUACUACAAUGUACCUGAAGGUUUAAUUUAUUUUACUUUAAAACAAGCACUUAAGGGAAAGGACAUUAUUAACAACAUUUAAUUUUGAUAAUAUUAUUAUAUGUGUUUAAUACUAAUCAUAAUUCUUUUUUGAUUUUCAAGCAGACUUGCGGAUGCACAAAUAGCUGUGAUCAGUUAAGGUAUGGCAUACUGAAAAAGUAGAUAAUAAAAUCCAGACACAAUUAGGCUGGGAAAGAUUUAAGGGACAGUGCAUUUCAAGGCAGUAAAUAUGUUCAUAGACUUCUGUAUCCAUUUUUAUUCAGUGUAUUUUGGCUUAAGAUUUUUGAUGCCACCUUUUUACCCCCUUAAAUAAUAAUUCGUGAAAAUAUGAAUUUUCCAGAUUGGAAAAUCAAGAACUGAAGGUCAAAAUACAGACGCUGGAAGAAAAGACAACAUGUGCAGAGGAGAAAGGUGAUAAUGGUGUUGCUUCACACGAUGCUGAGAAAAAUGAAAAUACUAUUCCUGUAAAUGAACAGACGGAAUCUGCUCUAGAAUCAUCACAAGAACACAUCAAAAGGUAUGAUGAGUGCUUAUUUGUUAGAUAUUAGUUGAUCUUUAACUUUGGAAAACCUACUAUCUUGGAUAAAAUACAUCAGACCACAUCACCCACCUAUAAUGGCACAUUUUGGCCUUUGAGCCACUUACAUCCAGGAUAACUCUGCCAAAAAUCUACAAAAUUAAUGACUUUUCCCAAACAAAAAACGGCGCUUCAGAUUUUACAACUUGUUCCCCUUUGUUAUGUAAAUAACAACACAUGAAACUCAAUUUACAAUUCAACGGAAAUUGCAAAAAUUACAAAUUUCACAUUUUUUCAUCAUUUUGUCACAACUGUUCUCCCUAUGUUAUGGAAAUAAAAACACAUCCUCCAAAUGACAGUGGAGAUAUGCAUUCUUCUACCUUUAUCCUUGGGAAGCCCCAGGCAUUUGCUAUUCUAUUUUUACUAUUUUGCUGGAGAUUUACAGGUUCAAGCUUUUAAAAUUAUCAAAAAAUUUUGUAGUGGCUAACCAAUUCUUAAAUUGAAUUUCCAGGCUUAAAAGCGAUUAUGAUGAUGUUGUCAAGAAAAACCAAGAGCUAGAAAAUAGAAUCCUUCAACUGGUAAUGUUGUUGCCUUUCUGAUCCAAUUGUCGACCCCUUAUACAUGAUUGAAAUGACAACUUUUGGCUUUUUCUGUCUGCUAGUUCUACUGGGUUUCAAUAAAUUUUAAAGUAGACAUCAACGUUGACAAAGGAGGAAGCUGUUCAAGAAGGCAGUUCUAGUAGUAAGAAAAUCAAGACAAAAUAGCUGGGAAAUGGAGUUAAAAAAGACAACUCUAUAAUGCAGCUAGCUCCCUUCUAAUAGAAUAAUUAUCCAUGAGUACUGAGAUUUUUUGUAUAUUUUCCCUUAAAUUUCCUUUGAUUUUUACUCUGCAUAAAUAUAAAUUGUUAUUCUAGUACUGGGCAAUCUACACUACAUGUAAUACUUGACCACACUUUUAUUAGGCUGAUCAAAUGCAGUCAGAGAAAGCUCGCUUUGAAGAGACUGUGGGAGUCAUGUCAAAGCAAUUAAUGGACUUUGUUGAGAAAAUGAAUGAUCUGGAGCAAGAAUGCGUAAGUUGAACCACAAACAUUUUCUGAUAUAAGUUCUGAUACUAUAGUAUAUGAAAAGGGCUCUUAUCAUAAGCUUGCCAUCCUUUGUGUCAGGUGACGGAUGGAUAGACAGAUAGAUAGAUAGAUAUACUUGUAACACUUAGCAUCACGUAAAUUGAGAAUUAACUGAGAAUUAUUGACCAGCUGUAAAGUUGCCAUUUAGCGGGAAAACAAUGCUAAGGGUUUGGACGGGGAAUAGGAAUUGGCAGAGAUAAGCUAUUGUACCCUUCACUUGGUACCAAGAGAUCGCAGCAAUGCCAUCAGCUUUGUCAACAAGAGAUCUGGGUAUGAGAUUAGCAGCAAUAUGCAAGGAAGGACUGAGAACUAGGACAGAACUCAAAGAAUACAGGGGAGAUCUGCUGAGAGUUGAGAACAACAUUUGUGUGUGAAAAAAGAAAGGAGGGGAAAGUGAACAUAUAAUUGCACAUUAUAAGUAAACUUACUGGGUAACCCUUUAAACCCUAAGAUCAAAAUUUGAAUUCUUAUUUGUUGCCCAUAUUCAUUUCCUACAGAAGUAGUGGGGAGAAGUUGAUAAAAUAUCAAACAAAUUCAUCUUGUGUGAUCAUGUCUGUAAUUCUCAUGACCACUCUGUUUUAUAAAGCAUUGAUAUAAAAAGGAGAAAAUUGAUGCUGAUCACUCUUAGGGCUUAAAGGGUUAAGGUUAGGAAGACCCAAACCGGAAGGGGGGGGUACUCUGAAAAAUUUUGGGCGGGGGUGCUACCAGGAUUCUGGAACCCUUGGCUUUUACUAGACUAUGUUAAGUUGCAAUAUACAUGUACUUCCCCAUUCUUCACUAGGCACCAAAAAUCCCUAUGCUAUCUAAACUAAGUUAUGAGCCAGAAACUCCAACAUUCCUCUAACCACUGUUCAGUACCCACAAAAGAAUGACACAUAAUGAUUAUUCUCUACCAGAAUCCUUUGAAUUCUAUAACCUAUCGUAGCCUUCCAGUAGCACAUACAGUAGAACCCUGGUAACUCAAACUCUGAAGGGAAACAAAAAACAGUUCGAGUAAGUGGGGUAAAUUUCAGCGAAAUUUUGAUUGAGGGAAAGGAAAUUUAGUUUGAAUUAGCGGGGAAUUCAAGUUAUCCGAGUUCAGGUUAUUGAGGUUCUACUGUACCAACAUGGACUUCUCCCGCCACCUCCCCCAACCCCUGAGUUAAGACUGCCUAUCUCUCUUAACUUGAAAAAAUGUUAAAAUGGCUGUCUGGGGUUAAUUGUGGUUUAUUCUUAUUAUUGAUCAUAGAUAAAAAACAAAAGGGACUGUUCACUGGUUGUUCAGCUUUUGAAGUGCAAUCAGUCCUUGGACAAAAAGUUUGUGGCGCAGAAAGUGGAGACGGUGAGAACGAUUUUCACAAGGCCCUUGAUUUUAAACCACCUGUGUUGAAGAUUAAGCUGGUCAACAGAAAGAUCAUUUUUUUUUAAAAAAGUAAAUUUUCUAGAUUUUGGUGUUAUUGCCUCAAGAAGAAUUUUCAUUCUCUCCCCCUUUGGGGUUUUUCAGGGAUAAUAAAACUUCAAAUGGAACGUAACAACGUUGAGAAUCCCAGCUCGUAGGGGGUGAAUCAGUUGGCUAUUUACAAGUAUAGCCGAGGAUCUGAUCUUGGGACUACCGAGAACAAAUCCAGCUACCUGUCACAGAACUUGGGGCCUUGUUAUUACGAGACAAUAGAAUGUUUUGAGGGAUAGUCUUCCCUUCAGUUUAUACUAAGCUCUCUUAUAAUGUCUGAGCGAUUUUGCAAGGCCUGGACCAUGUUCAGUAAAUAAAUAAAUGAAUAAAUAAAUAAACUCAAAUGUUCUGGUUCAUUCUAUACAGUUGCCUUCAGAUUUGAAAGAAAAGAUGCAAGAAGAAUUGGAACUUAAACCAAAGAAUCAACCUCUUAGCCACCCUGCUUGGAGCAGAAAACUUUGGAGAACAAAGAGUGCUUCUUCUGCUUCUACAAGCUCCUCCCAUCAUUCAAGCUUCACUCAAAAUGGACAUUAA